AACAAGAACUCUGAAGUCAUGGCGGGGAAACCCAAGCUGCACUACAGCAAUGGAAGGGGGAAGAUGGAGUCAAUCCGAUGGCUGUUAGCAGCAGCUGGGGUUGAGUUUGAGGAAGAAUUCAUAGAAACGAAGGAAGACCUAGAAAAACUACGCAAUGAUGGAUCCCUGCUCUUUCAGCAAGUGCCCAUGGUGGAGAUCGAUGGGAUGAAGAUGGUGCAGACCAGAGCCAUUCUCAGCUACAUAGCAGCGAAGUACAACCUCUAUGGGAAGGACCUGAAGGAGAGAGCCUGGAUUGAUAUGUACGUGGAGGGAACAACAGACCUGAUGGGAAUGAUCAUGAUUCUCCCUCUUCAACCAGCUGACACAAAAGAAAAGAAUCUUGCCUUAAUAAUUGAACGAGCUACAAACCGGUACUUCCCUGUUUAUGAAAAGGCCUUAAAAGACCAUGGGCAUGAUUAUCUUGUUGGCAACAAAUUAAGCUGGGCAGACAUCCAUCUGCUGGAAGCCAUUUUAAUGGCAGAAGAAUGUAAGCCUGGUAUACUGUCUGCAUUCCCUCUGCUACAGGCUUUUAAAGAACGAACAAGCAACAUUCCAACAAUCAAAAAAUUCUUGCAGCCUGGCAGCCAGAGGAAGCCACAAAUGGACGAGAAGACUCUUGCCAUUGUGAAGAAAAUAUUCGGUAUCUAAUCAUGUGGCUGCUGAAGACAACACAACUGUAGCGUAUUUAGAGCUGUGGCUUGUUAAGUGUAAACUGCAUAGAUGUAUUCUGUAGCACGCAUCGUA